GCGAGAAUGGAACCCACGGCUUUGUCGCUUCGCUCUCUUUAUCGUGCGAGCGACGGCAAGGUAAGGGAGGAAGCUAGGCGUGACGCCGGCAAACGCUAAGAUGUCCCUCGGUUGGCUAUAUCAGCUUGCAACCUAAUUCCUGCCUCUCGCACAACCACCACAACCCGACGUAUACCUCGAGCAUACCUACCUACCAUAUCCACAUCGCCCCAACAUAACCGUGGACGAAACCGACUCAUCGCCUCUACCGCCCGCCCUCCACCGCGACCACCAUCCAUCAUGAGUACAAAUACGGACGACCAGGAGCAGGUUCAGUCUGACAACCUUCAAGGCGCCCACCUGGCCACGCAACCCCGCCAUCCUCUCCUGUCACGACUUGCCUAUGGCGGGUCCCUCUAUGCCAUUCAGGUUCUAGGCGGGCCGCUGAUGUGGCUCGCGGACUGGUAUCCCUGGUUCUAUCCUCCCACAUUUGCCCCCACCAUCGUGAAGACAUACGCAUGUCGGCCCUCUUUGCCGACUAGGAUAUUCUUCCCCAAGUCGUACGAUCGCGAGUCGUCCCAAACGCCUCUCCCAACUCUGAUCACCAUCCACGGCGGCGGGUUCUGCCUCGGUCGGACGAAUGAGGACGACGAAUGGAACGCGCGCUUUGCGGACACGCACCACGUGCUCGUCGUCUCCCUCGAAUACCGCAAGGCCCCGUACUACCCCUUCCCGACCGCCCUCCACGACGUCGAAGCCCUGAUACUGGCCGUGUUCGACGACGAGAGCCUCCCGGUGGACAAGAGCCGCAUCGCACUUACCGGCUUCUCCGCAGGCGGCAACCUGUCCCUCACCGUGUGCCAGCUGCCCUCGAUCCGUGACAAGGUCAAGCCUUCGGCCGCGUUGCCCGUGUAUCCCGUCGUGGACCAGUCCGUGGCUCAGGAGUUCGCGAUCAAGACUCGGUACUAUAAGCCCGACCUUGGUCCCGGCGGACGCUCUAAACCGACCGACUUUCUGGCGUGGAUGGUUCCGGCCUUCGGGUGGGCCUACAUCAACCCGGGCCAGAGUCUCGAGGACCCCCUGAUAUCGCCCAUCUACGCGCCUCGCGACGCUCUCCCGCCGCACCUCUUCUUCGUCGGCGCCGAGCUGGACCAGCUGGCGCACGGGGCUUGGAGGAUGGCGAGCAAGCUGGCGGGGCGGCCGGUGCCGUCGCUGACGGAGAAGGUGGGCCAGCAGGAGCUAGCACCCAAGCCGGGCCAGCUCAUACUGGACGACGAGAGGUUCGCGUUCGAGCACGUCGACGAGGACGGGAAGAGCAGCGUGCGGUGGCUGCUGGUGCCGGACCAGCUCCACGGCUUCGAUCGCCUGCCGUGGAGCUGGCACGGGUCGGCAGAGUCAGUCGAGGAUGCGAAGUUGAAAGAAGUAGCGUACCAGAAGGUCAUGGGGGAGUGGCUGCGAGAUUUUGUAUGGAAAUAGGCGUCUGAAGUCAGCACCCCAAUUCGGCGGGAAGUUGUCCCGUCUGAGGCACGCAUGCAUACUCUCCACACUGUGAUGCCGUGGGCCCAACGCCCCGGUCUCGCAAAUUGUGUCCGAUUUGCUACGGUCUGUGCCACCGGGGUCAACGUUCGAAUCAUAAGGUGUGUCCCUAGGUUGAUGUGACGGGUGCCCGCGUCGACCGUGCCGAUCUCACUUCCCGAGACAAAAAUCCUCGCUCUGUGUUCUCCUGCAGGUUCCUUUGCCGAGAUAAACACAUGUCAAUUUUGUAUAAUAGCAAGCAGUCGGUCGGUGGUCGAGUAAUACCUGGAUACUGGCCUGGUAGGCGAGGGCCUAGGGCGACUUUAGAGAUCGAAGCACAGCAGUGCUUCGAAGAGACCGAGUUCGUUUGUUCAUACAGUGCCCUAGGUAUUUAUACGUACACAACCAACUAUCGUAAUAUUACCAGAGUCAUCUGGUUUCUAA